ACUGCAAGUGGCUUAGUGGUUCUUGCCUAGUUGGGUGUGCUCCCCAACCUAGGUUCGAACCCCGAAGCUGUCAAAGUGGCGAGGCACUGUGCUGCAAUGCACAGUUGGAGCAUUUCACAUGCGCCGAAGGGGUUUAUCUUGGGCCUAGGAAGCCUUUGGGUUCCCCUUGACAAAGUCAAAAAAAAAGUAUCCUAACAGUUAUGUUUGUUCUCUUUUGUUCUUAUUCCUUAGAAUUUCCUUGGCCGUUGCACAAGACACAACUGUCCCAGUGAAUGUGGGUGUGGUCCUCGAUGUUGAUUCAUUGUUUGGAAAGAUUGGGCUAAGCUGCAUCAAUAUGGCCAUCUCAGACUUCUAUGCCUCUCAUGCUUCUUACAAGACUAGGCUGCUUCUACACAUAAGGGACUCCAAGGGAGAUGUUGUUGUUGAAGCUGGUGAAGCUGUAGACUUGAUAAAGAAUUUAGAAGUGCAAGCCAUCAUCAUAGGGCCGGAAUCAUCAAUGCAAGCAAAGUAUGCAAUGAAUCUUGGAGAUAAAGCUCAGGUGCCCAUAAUAUCAUUUUCAACAACAAGCUCUUCCAUAACUUCUUUCCCAACUUCGUAUUUUUUCCGAGUUGCACAGAAUGACUCAUCUCAAGUGAAAGUCAUAAGAUCCAUCAUCCAAAACUUUGGAUGGAGUGAAGCAGUACCCAUCUACGUUGAUUAUGAGUUUGGGGAGGGAGUAAUACCUUAUCUGACUAAUGCUUUGCAAGAGGUAGAUGUUCGUAUCCCUUACUGGUGUGUCAUUCCUUCAAUGGCCAGUGAUGACCAAAUUGUUGCAAAGCCUUACCAGUUGAUGACAAUGCAAACAAGGGUAUUCAUAGUACACAUGUUACCCUCUCUUGGCUCUCGGCUAUUUGCAAUCGCUAAGGAGAUGGGUAUGAUGGGUGAAGGUUAUGCUUGGAUAACGACAGACAGGAUGACAAACUUUUUUGGUUCCAUAAAAUCUUCUGUCACGGAUAACAUGCUAGGUGUGAUGGGUUUGAAAUCUUAUGUUCCGAAUACAGAAGAGCUUGAACAUUUCAAACUUAGAUGGCAAAUGAAAUUCCAAAAGGAUAAUCCGACAAUCCUUAAUGUUAAAUUGGAUGUUUUUGGAUUGUGGGCUUAUGAUGCUGUUUGGGCAUUGGCCAUGGCAGUUGAAAAGGUUGGGGCUGCAAACUUCAAUUUCCAAAAGUUGAACAUUUCCGACCAUUCCACUAAUAUUUUAGAAAGAUUAGGUGUCUCACAAAGUGGUCCUGAACUAGUACAAGCACUUUCAAGUACAGUAUUUAGAGGCCUUUCAGGAAACUUUAGUCUUCUUUAUGGGCAACUGCGUUCAACAAAUUUUCAGAUAGUUAAUGUAAAUGGUAAUGGAGAAAGAGAGAUUGGAUACUGGACACUCCAAGAGGGACUUGUAAGAAACUUAAAUUCAACUAGCAGAAGCACAAACACAAGCAGAUCCUCUUUUAUGGAUGCCAAUGCGUUUGGACCAAUUAUUUGGCCUGGAGACACGAUCACCAUUCCCAAAGGUUGGGAGAUUCCUAAACAUGGGAAUCGGAUGAGAGUUCUAGUUCCGGUGAAUCAUGGGUUUCAAGAGUUCGUAAGUGUGAGACGUGCUCCUACUACCAGUACUGUCAGUGGAUACUGCAUAGAGGUAUUUCAUGCAGUGGUAGAAAGAUUACCAUAUGAAGUUUCUUACGAGUUUUUCCCCUUUGAAAGGCCUAAUGGUGACCCAGCUGGCAGCUAUGAUGAUUUGAUCUUUCAAGUUUUUCGUGGGAAAUUUGAUGCUGCAGUGGGAGAUCUAUCAAAUAGAGCAAACAGGUCCUUGUAUGUUGACUUUACAUUGCCUUACACUGAUACUGGGAUAUCAAUGAUUUUGCCUGUCAAGCGCAGCAAAAGUAGUAAAAAUGCAUGGGUGUUCUUGAAGCCUUUGACCUGGGAGGUGUGGUUAUUAAGUGUUUGUUUUUUUAUAUUCAUGGGUUUUGUCGUCUGGGUUCUGGAGCAUCGGAUAAACAAAGACUUUCGCGGGCCUCUGCAAAACCAAAUUGGCACAAGUUUGUGGUUCUCCUUCUAUACCAUGGUUUUCGCACAGAGGGAUCAACUAGUGAGCAACUUAGCUAGGUUUGUAGUGAUCGUGUGGUGCUUUGUUGUCCUCGUACUGACUCAAAGUUAUACCGCCAGUUUAUCAUCACUUUUAACAGUUCAACAGCUGCAACCAACGGAUGUAAGCCUUCUCCUGAAAAAUGGUGACAUUGUUGGCUUACAAGAAGAUUCUUUUGUCCAGGGGAUUUUGGAACAAGUAGGAUUUUAUCCAGACAAGCUUAGGACCUAUAAUUCCAUAGAAAGGUUGCAUGAACUGUUCGAACAAGGGAGUAUAUCUGCUGCAUUUGAUGAAGCCCCUUAUAUGAAGGUUUUUGUUUCAACUUAUUGCUCAAAAUAUACCGUGGUUGAGACGGCAUUUUCUAAAACUGACAAUGGUUUUUCCUUUGUCUUCCGAAAGGGUUCGCAUCUCACACGUGAUUUCUCAAGAGUGAUCACUGAUCUGCAAAAGGAAGAUCAAAUUAGAACAAUCGGGGACAAGUGGUUCGGGAAGCAAGCAAUUUGUAUGGGCCCCAACAUCACGGGCUCUUCCAACAGGCCUCUUACUCUUAGCCUUGAUAGCUUCUGGGGCCUCUUCCUGAUUGCUUGGCUUUCUUCAUCAUUAGCUGUCCUCAUAUUUGUAGCUAUGUUCCUCUAUCAGCAUCGGCACAUUUUGAUAUGCUCUGAUCCAAACAUCUCAUUUUGGAGAAGAAUUUGCAUCCUACUCCAGAUGUACGACCAAGAGGACAUCAAUUCCCAUACUAUUACGCGUGGCAGGCUGCAAGAAAGUGUUCAUAGUCUGGGUGCAGUGGAAUCCUCAGCAAGCUCCCCCAGGCCAUUAUCCAGUCACUCAAGCCAGACUGCAUCAAACAUUAUUGUUUUGGAAAUGCAGGAAACAUUGUCUACUAGGCUCGAUGAUCUGAAUCCUAAUGGUCAAACAACUCAAGAGAUUGCCUAG